UCCACAAUCCACCAGUCUCAGUUUGGCGCAUCACGUGGCGGAAGGUGGUCAUUUCAAAGAGAAGUGUCGCGGCGCGAAGAUAUUUUCGUAAUUUUCGCGAGUCGAUUUACGCGAAUACCUACCUGUAUUUCAAUUUUUCAACGUAACUCUCAACUUCGUUAUCAUUGCUGUAAUUGUACUUUAGAAAUAAUUUUCGUCAAUGAAUAAAAAUUCAGCUACAUGAUUCAUCCGUGUAAAUUCGAGACCACUUGAAGAAAAAAAUUUCGUACUUGGGUAAUUAAAAUGGUUAUUGUAUUCGUAUCCGGUAUGAUUUACUGUUAAAAUAUAUCGCAAAAUCUGCUCUCUCGUCGUAAAAUGAUGCAAAUACUUUUCGAAUUCGGUGUACGGUAAUAGUGUGCUGAAUACAGGUUUAAAAUGCGCCUCGCGUUAUGGACUGUGGGCUUAAUUUUUCUGCAAAUUGCCAUCACCUUCGUCUAUUCUUCGGAUAAAUACUUAAAAGUUACCAAUUACGGAGACGAGUAUCAAGAUGAUGUAGAUCCUUGGGUAUCCAAUCAGCAGAAUCUACGAGAAGAACACGAACACGAACAGGAACAUGUGACCAGUAAAAAGCCUCGGUUUCAAAAAUUGGAUAAUUUCAUCAAACAAACCUUCGCUAGGUUUGAUAAUAAUCACGUUGAUAGAAGCGAACCCGAACCCGAACCCAUCAGUACGGAAAAAUCGCCACCUAUUCGUCAUAGGAAACGUCAUAAUAGACGAUUGCAUUCCGAUUACUCGAAAAAUGAUUUGAAAUCUUCCAAGGAACCAGACCCUUGGAGUAAGGAUCCUGUACAAAAUAAACCUGGUGAUACGAAUUUCUUGGAUAUGGAGAUGAACGAUGCAGCUCCAGCAUUGUCACCGGUAUCGCAGGCGAAAUUAGACAAUUAUGGGAGUGAUGAUAAAGUCAGAGAAAAGUUCCAGCAGACGUAUGGAACAUUACCAGCUUCCAUUAAAUCCCAAGAUCCUUUUGAAAAAGCUGCGAAUGCCCAUUACGACGACAUGAAAAGACGUACACUAUGCAAAUUACCUAUACCGAAAAUAGUCAGAGUGGACGACGUUUAUCCAAAUGUAUUGAAAACAUACCAUCCAUCUUGUACAAUUCUCCACCAAUGCUCCGAAGAAAGCGGCUGCUGUUCGUUAAAAAAUAACAAAUGUACUCCAAGCUCAACUCAAAAUGUAACUUUGUAUUUUAUCGUUAGGAAUAAACCGUCCACUUCCAAAAGUUUGAAACAGACUUACGAAGGUUUAUCGUUUAUUAACCAUACGGAAUGUAGAUGUACUGUAGCAGAACCUGAUCGACGGACAAGAGCUGUAUUAUCCCUCGCUCAGCCGUCUCCUAUUCAAAUCGUUCCAAAAAGUCAACAUUCGUCUUACUUGAAAAACAGGUGUCCAUCACCAUGUCCGUCCUCAUUUUCGCACAGAUUCAUGGCUGAUGGUACUUGUAUUUGCGAAUGCAACGGUGAUGAGAAUUGUCAGAAGUAUAGAAGAGGGGAAUUGAUGUUCAAUUUACAAGAUCAUUUUUGCUUAUUUACGAACCAGUGUAUUUAUCCGAGUUGUGCUUAUGGUAAUUACUUGGCCAAGCUUGGCAGAUGCCCUAAACAAUAUGAGCAGCGUCCGUAUUAAACUCUUUUAUUACUUUACUAAGCCUACUUUUUGUACUUUUUUACGCUUCUAUGUAUUGUUUUUUCCUAAAACAUUUUUCUUUUUCAAUGUUGCAUUUAAAUAAAGAUUCCACCGAUGGGUUUUCCUUCUUUAA